CCGGGUGGGCGGGCAGGCGGAGGAGCACGGCGGGCUGGGCUGGGCCGGCCUGGGCCGGGGACCGAGUGGGGAACGCAGCCGGGUGGAGAUGGCGUCGCAGCCGCCGCCUCCUAAGCCCUGGGAGAACCGGCGGCUGGCGGGAACCGUAGCGCCGGCCUUCCAGUCUGCUGACUUGGGUGACAACGUGCUGACCAGACCUGGACAACCCACAGUGGCACGAAUACCUCCACCUAUUUUGCCAAGACCAUCGCAACAAUCAGGAAGCACUAGUCUGAGUGCUUUCAGGCCAGCAUAUAGUAGUUCUUUUUCUCCAGGCUAUGGUUCAUAUGGAACCUCUUUUUAUGGAAGCUAUAGUCCUUACAGUUAUGGAUAUGGUGGUUUGGGCUAUAACCGCUUCCGGGCAGAUGAUAUUCCUCCCAGCAGGUUUGUUCAGCAGGCUGAAGAGAGCAGCAGAGGUGCAUUUCAGUCCAUUGAAAGCAUUGUGCAUGCAUUUGCCUCUGUCAGCAUGAUGAUGGAUGCUACCUUUUCAGCUGUGUACAACAGUUUCAGAGCUGUUCUGGAUGUAGCGAAUCACUUCUCCCGCCUCAAAAUACACUUCACAAAGGUGUUUUCAGCUUUUGCUUUAGUGAGAACUAUAAGAUAUCUCUACCAGCGUCUACAACGAUUACUGGGUUUGCAGACGAGCUCGGAGAAUGAGGAUUUGUGGGCUGAAAGUCAGGGGGCAGUAGCUCGUGUUGGCCUUGAAGACAAAGUUGUUAGCUCUGCAAAAUCCUGGCCCAUUUUCCUUUUCUUCGCUGUGAUAAUGGGAGGUCCCUAUCUGAUUUGGAAACUGCUUUCUACAUACAGUGAUGAAGAAACAGCAUCUAGUAACUGGGCAAGUGGAGAAGAUGAUCAUGUGGUUGGAAGAGCAGAAUAUGAUUUCAGUGCACUCUCGGAAGAAGAAAUUUCUUUCCAUGCUGGUGACUUGCUAAGAUUAGCACCCAAAGAACAACAACCCAAAAUUCGCGGUUGGCUUUUGGCUAGUUAUGAUGGCCAAACGACAGGACUUGUGCCAGCUAAUUACAUCAAAAUCCUGGGCAAAAGAAGAGGUAGGAAAACAGCAGACCUGCAAAGGAUUACAGAGCAACGGCCAGCCUUUACCAACACAUCUGCCAGAAGAUCCACUGCUACUAUGACUUUAGAGGAGCAGGAAGCUGCUUUUGAUGCUGCUUUUGCUGAAAGUAAUAAAGUUCCUGUUGCAUCUGAUUCCACUGUGGUUAGUGGAGAGAAGCAGGAACUCUAAUGCACUUUCAUCAACAAAGCAACUGAACUGUGCUUUAUUGAUAAAACUUAGGGUUUGAUGAAAAUCUGUGUCGUAGUAGAACACUGAUGGGUCUGUACCAGUUAUUGCUGCUACUGACUGGUGAAGGGAUGGAGAAAUGACUGCUCGAACUUGUAGUAUUUAUUUUUGACUCAACAAAGGCUGUACAUUAGUGACUCUACCCAGCCACUGGGCAGCAGCUCUAAUAGCUUGAGGCAAGAGGAACUGAGGCAUUUAUAACAAAGUGAACAAAAAAAAAUAAAAAUAGGGACUGCUGGCCUGUUCUUCUUAGGGAGACAAACUCUUGGUGCAAUCUGGAGACUAAUGUCCAUUCUUCAUUGUAAUGUUGACUUGACAUGAGGCCUCUUCAAUAGCUGUGCAAAGGGACGGUAGAUUUCUGUAAGAUGACUUCCAAACCUGGACACCAAGGACCAUCAAACAGUACUAGUACAUUGUUUUGCCCUGAAGGGAAGGAGAACUGCUAGAGACACUAUGGAAGUUGCUUGCUUCCCUAAGAAGUAGGGCUUCUGUCAUAAAGAUCUUGGCUCUUAUAAAAAGGGACUUGGGCGAAAGGAGAGUGAAAUACAUUUAUAAAGGAAGAGCAGUGAAGUUCUGGCUUCACUUCAGUGUAAGUUGUAACCAGUUCCUUUUUGUUUAAUACAGUAACAUUAGUCAGGCACUUUCCAGCACACUUACUGGUUGUUAUUGCCUUCUGUGCUAAGCUAACUUCAUUACUCCUAACCAUUUUGUGGUGCAGUCUGUUAGCUGUCUAUCAGUAGUUCAUCAGCUACUAUUUGCCUUUCAUCUUGCUUCUGUUCAUCAUUGUUUUUAUACAAAUGUCAGAAUAUCUAUCCUGCCUUUUAGUGGUUAGGAAAGCAUUGGGUUGGGGGCGUGGCAAAGAAAAAGAAACAUUUCUUGCUUAAUUGUCUUGGUUAUGCUGCCUUUCAGGUGGUAAAUUUUGCAUCUGCCCAUAAAAAUUGAGGGCUCCGAUUCAUCAAAAGCCAUAAAAAUAUUAAGACUGUUUAAAAUAUGUAGUUUUUUUCAUACUGAUAUUUGAGAAUUCUGUAUUAAAAUACUCUUGUUUUUUUAAUGAAGCAAAGAUAAUUAAAACUUUUCCUUGUAGCAUAAAAUGUAUAAUGUUGAGCUUCUGAAGGUUAGAGCAAUGGAUAAAAUAACUAAAGAUGGUCUUAAUAAUUUAAAUAGCUUUACUUAUUUCUUUUAAAGGUAUCCAGAAGCAUUAGUAAAAGUAGGGCAUGUGCCUUUGCUUAAUUGAUCCAGUACUUUAAGUUUGACUGUUUCUACGCAAAUCUUCAGCACCCGUUAUAUGUUAGCAGAGCUUUUGGUAUAUAUAAUUUAAUUGCAUUUCCUGGCCUUGAGUUUUCAGAAUUCUGUUCACCACAACAAAACUCUGACCAGAAAAAUUGAUGCAAGUCCAGUUUUAUUGAGGUGGAGUGGCUCGGAAGACAGAUAUUAUGCUGGAACCUUGGAUUAUAAAGUGAUCUCUGAAUGCCUGUUGAUGAUAAUUAGAACAAGAAUAUAAGUCGUCGUGCUCAGGUAUUUGGAGACAGUGCAAAUAAUCUUUUUAAUAAUAUUGUUAGAUCUUCAGGUGCAGAAGAGUAGUUAAAGGGCAAAUGAAAAACAUGAAGCUAGAUUCACUAGAUUUAAAAUGAGCAUGUUGCUGAGAUGUUUCCCUUUGUACCAGGGCAUUGAAGAGAACUGUCUAGACGAGGAAAUUAAAUCUGUUGCCGAAAUAAAAAUAGUGAACAGUCAUGAAAUAUAAAAUAUAGAGAGGAAAAUAAGGGAGGAGGGGAACUGAAGUAUCAAGUGUACACUUCUGCUUACAGUGUCUGUUCAUGGAGAAAAUUAAUUUUUCUGUUCUGAGAUGCAAUUAAUGGCUUGUCAGCCUCUGCUGCAUCAGUGAAAGAUUUCAAUCAGAGGAGGGUUCUUUUAAAGAAAACAAGAAAUAAACUCCAAACUUUCUGUAGUGUAUCCAUUCAGUUAGAUUUCUGGUUUCCUGCUAAGAACAAGUUGGGAAGAGUGUACCAUGAUGUUUGCUGGAAAUCUUAGUGAUUUUUAGAAAGAUGAGUUUAAUUUCUCUUUCAGGUCAUACUGUCUUAAAAGCAAUUCUUUUAGUAGGAUUAUUGGUUAUUUAUAACUUGACUGACUUGUCUCUAUAGUAGUUUGACUUAGUCCACCAACUGCUAAUGUAUCUGCUAAAUCUUUAUGAGAAUUUUGAUCCUUUCAAUCUUGUGAUUAAUGGGCAAAGCAGUCUCUGAGGAAACGAAGUAAGAUUUUUAAUUCACAAUUGUACUGAUUGAUGAAGAGGUAUUAAAAUUCAUUGAAGUAAAAUGUAUAAUGUGCUUUAAGAUUUUUUUUAAAUUUUAUUUAAUGCACAAACUAGCAGUAGGGAGAAAAUGUGAGUACUGCAGUUUCAUUUGGGUUUCUACCCAUAUAUCAUGCAGGCUACAGAAAAAAGUAUCUUAGUGAAUGCUGGUUGUAGAAGGGAGGCUGGCUGGCAGGCUGCUCAGGGAUUGCACAGCUUUAGGAAGGUGAGACUAAAAGCAGGUGUGGCUGCAAGAGGAGUGUAUAGAAGACAACAUCAGAAAGGAGGUUCUGUUGAAAUAUUUCUGAACUUACACAUUAGGCGAUUGACUUUUAAGGUCUGUACAUCCUAAGUUACCUUUAUGUUAUUCUUUGGUACUACUUAAUACCUAUAACAAACCUAGAGCUCUCAUAACAGAGCUAUGAAAUGUGUUUAGAUAAGGCUUUAGUGUAAUCUUACUUCAAUCUGAUUGAUACUAUUUAGUAUACCAACCAUUUUAUGCUUGAAUUCUGCCAGAACUAAAUGACUGAUGCCACUUUUCACUGUGUUUCUGGGUGCCAGCAGUACAUGAACAUGCACAUGUUUAGGUUUCUGAAUUAUAUAUUAAAAAUACUCUUGUUGUUUAGUAAAA